AUGUCCGAUCUCGCCAGAACCUUCGCCAAAGCCAAACUCUCCUCUCUCCCGCCCCCCGAAACUCUCCCCGAAGACCCACCUUCCGAACCGUACGAAGACGAUUCAUCUUCGGCAUCUUCCAUGUCUUCUACCGGCACCGUUAUACCCACGUCCUCGCAGCGACCCGCACCUUUGCUUCACUGGACCUCGUACUACACCCAAGAAUUCUACCUCGAGCGGCCAGCAUCGGCGGCGCGGAACGCUGCCAAAUUCCACGUAUACUUCACACCACCCAAAAGUUCGAAAGCGCCGCUGUUGGUGCUACAUCAUGGAGCUGGUAGCUCGGCGCUGAGCUUCGGGCUGUUCGCCAAGGAGGUGCAGAAGGCGAUGCCCGAGAUAGGCGUGCUAGCUAUCGAGGCCAGGGAGCAUGGUAGCGUCGUAUGGGGGACCGAUGGAACUGCCGAUAGCGAUUUGUCGAUUCAUUUGCUGAGCCGGGACCUGAUGGACAUGCUGGAUCUGAUGCGGACCAAGAUGGCCUGGCCAGAGCUGCCGACCGUGGUGCUCGUGGGACAUAGUCUUGGCGGGGCAGUUGUCACACACGCGGCGAAUGAGGGGCUGCUGGGUGGUAAGCUCAUGGGAUUCGCGGUGCUGGACGUGGUUGAGGGGAGUGCUAUGGAGACUAUUCAGCACAUGCAGACAUAUCUCGCAAGUCGGCCCAAGUCAUUUGCUACGUUGCCUGCUGCGAUAGAAUGGCAUAUAAGAUCACGGUUAAUAAGAAAUCCCCAAAGCGCCAGAGCGAGUGUGCCCAGCUUACUGUUGGAGGCGUCUGACGGCCGCUGGGUAUGGCGGACUGACCUGUCGAGCACACAACCGUAUUGGGAGAACUGGUUCACUGGGUUGAGCGCCAAGUUCCUCAACGGCAAAGGCGCAAAGCUUCUCAUUCUUGCUGGCACAGACCGGUUAGACAAGGAAUUAAUGAUUGGACAGAUGCAGGGCAAAUUCCAGCUUCAAGUACUUCCCGCCGCAGGUCAUUUCCUACACGAAGAUCUGCCCGAAAAGACGGCGGAAGUAAUCGUCGAGUUCAUCAAACGCAAUGACCGCAGCACACUGAUUCUCCCACCAAAGGUAUCAGACCUUCUGGCACAGGGCAAGAAAGUGUGA